AUGGAAAAGUGCAGUGAACAAGUGUCAUGUGAAAAGAAAGAGUUUAGCACGUUUGAUAAGGCCAAGAUCAUUUAUUUCAGAUACUGUUUGUGCAAGGACUAUUAUAUUCCGUUAGUAAUAAUGUCACAAAAGAAUGCGAUCAAAUUCAGUAACCACAUGCCUGUGAUACAAGAGUUGCAAAGGAAAAUGACGAACGCUAGAUAUUCCGGUUAUCCAAUCGAAAGUGCAAGGGCAGCGGGUGAGUUAAUGAACUACAUGAAGAAGAACGGAGCCAUGAAGAAUAUUAUGAUGCCAUUAAUCCAAGUCUGCAAUGCUUCUACGCGUGUAUAUAUUAUUAGAUUUACGUGUCUCACGCAAAUGACUGAACUGAGGUUGGACUUCAAAAACUCACAAAUCUAGAGCCGCACUUCAACCAGUCAGGUCAGUGAACAUUCGCACGAACGCGACGACGCUGGAAACAACAGCAACGAGCAACGGAAUCAGGGAGCCGGUACAGCUUGGCUGGCUGGCUGGCUGACGAGCUAGCGGUUCGUUCAGAUCUAGAUCCCAGAUUUAACUGCAGAUAUUAAUUAGGCGAGAGCGUUGCUUUCGCGCGUUCUUCGCGAA